UAUCAUUCAGUUUGGAGAAGUAACGUAUAUAUUGCAUGUGUAUAUCUGUGAUAUUUUAAGAAUACUUAAACUGUCAGAUAUCAGUAUUCGUGGAUAUAGAUAAAGGAACCGACGAUACAAUGAGAGACGAUUGGCAAAUUAACUGUUAUUUUGGACAUGUUAAAUGUGACCGCGUGAUCGUUCAUCUUCUCGUGGUCUCGUUCGGCGUGUCCACCUGGAUCGGCGUCAAUGGAAUAUUUAUCGAGCUGCCGCUGCUCGUCGGCGUUGCCCCGGAAGGCUGGAACUUGCCCGCGUACAUAGUAAUAGUGGCCCAAUCCGCGAACGUUGGUCCCGCGAUAUACGCCCUCCUACACAAGAGCAAAUGCCAGCCGAACGAGUCGUCGUGCAUACUGUGCUUACUAUGCUCGCAGGUUUUCGCCAUGGGGCUGCUGAUAUUCUUUUACGACAGAACGAUCGCCAUCGGUGGCGAGAGACACAGCCUGAUCCUGCUGGUCUCGGUGUUCUUCAACGCGCUGGUCGGUUGCUUCAGCUCGGUACUGUUCAUGCCUUACCUUCGCGACUUCGAUGACGUUUAUAUCGUUUCGUAUUUCGUCGGGGAAGGCUUGAGUGGCGUACUGCCGAGCGUAGUGGCGCUGAUACAAGGCGUCAGUGAACACGCGGCGUGCAAUAUCCCUCUUACAAAUACAACGAAAACGACUUCCCUUAAUGCGCCCGACUUGAAGUUCCCCGGGCAAUAUUAUUUCUCGUUUCUGACUCUCGUGCUCGUAUUAUCGCUCGUUGCAUUUAUCGUUCUACGAUAUUCCCCGUUCGUACAGAUCAACAAAAGUUUGCGCAAUCCUAAUUUUCUCAGGCAAACUAAAGUAGACUGUAAGCGACGCGAUGAGUCUGACUUUACCGUCAACGUUUAUCGCAUUGAUAACGUUGACAGCACGUCAGCGAAGAAUGAAAACGAGAUGGCAAACAGUUCCCCGUUUGUCAAGGUGAACAGUUUGUCCUUAUCUAGGAAAAUUUAUUUAUAUAUCCUGAUUGGAGUCUGUUGCUUCUUCAGCAAUGGAUUUUUGCCAAGCAUCCAAUCGUAUUCGUGUCUACCGUAUGGGCAUCUCGCCUAUCAGUUGUCCAUUGUUUGCGCCCAAUUUGUGAACCCGCUAGCAUGCUUCUUGACAGUCUGGGUCAUGGUGUCGGACGUAAAGAUUAUUAAUUGCCUGUCUUUGGUAUGCUUAAUUGCCGGAUGUUACGUUACUUGCGUGGCCCUAUCGUCUCCUACUCCGCCGUUGCAAAAAUCAACGGUCGGGGUAGGAUUGAUCGUUCUAUCCUGGAUCGUUCUGAUGGGUGUCAUAUCGUAUCUGAAACUCGUGAUAGUGUCUCUCCUGAAGCACAUAUCGUCUUCGAAGGCGCUCUUCAACGUAGGUGUAGUUAUGCAAACGGGCUCAGCGAUAGGUGCGAUUAUUUCAUUCGUUUUAAUUAACUUCACCGAUUGUUUCAAGGCGUACAACUCCUGUUCCGCCUGAGGACAAUUACUAAAACUCGGGCCUUUGUAUAAUAAUAAUAGCGCGAGCUAUUUCGAUAUACGAAUUAAAUAAGGGCAAUAAUAAAAAUAAGCGGACAAUAAGGAGCAUAAAUGUCCUUAUAAAAAUAGAGAUAAAUAAUUAAGAACGUGUGUCUUAAUUACAUUAUUAAUUUCAGCAGACUAAAAAUGUAUUGUUCCAGCAGUCUGUGGCAAAAAUAUAACUUAUCCAAGUAGCCCGAGUAUAGUGUGCUUCCUAUAUUAAUUUCAAUAAAGUAUUCCAGAAAUUGUAUUAAAUCUAGAGAAGUUGAAAUGCUAUAUACAUAUAAAAAAUUUGUGCAAUGCAUUUACAAUUUCUAAAUGUGUGUAUCUGUAUAUGUAUUUAAUAUAUAUUUAGCAAAAUAUAAUAUAUUUUAAUAGUGAGAAUGCAUUCACAAUU